AUGCUGGGUCACGCACUCCGUGUCUAUGCUGGUUCACAUGACAGCCUGCUUCAUCGCGUUCUCUUUCACGCCACCCAGUUGGUAGGAUUCGCUCAUUUUAACUCAACUGGUUUGGCCAGCUCUCUUGGCCCCUCCAUUCGAUGUGCCUCUCAUCUGGCCAGCUCUGCCGGUAUUGCCCUCCAAAAAGCUCAAGAGCUGCAGAUGUAA